AUGGCGUUUCCCAAAUCGUCCAGGCUCUUUUGCCCUUCAAGGGUCUGCUCCCCAGGCGUGUUCGCUCGACGUUAUUCUCAACAGCAGCACAAGGUCGCGGCUCUCCUCUCACAGCCCUUGCCAAAGGGUACAUGGGACAGUCAUAUGCAUGUCGUUGACCCAGACCGCUACACAUUGGCCCCUGACGCCAAAUACAGGCCUCAUGCCCAUACGUUAGAAGAUGCAAAGGCCUUCUACUCUCAGCUUGGCAUACAAAAUAUGGUUCUUGUCCAACCAUCCAUAUACGGAAAUGACAACUCAUGCAUGCUCGAUGCAUUACGAGAGCUGACGCCUCGACAUGGCCGAGCUGUUGUCGGACUCGACCCGCGCGCAAUCGAUCAUUCUACUAUGCAGAAGUGGCACGCCCUCGGUGUCAGGGGAGCCCGACUCAAUCUGGUGUCUGUAGGCAGAGAAGUCACCGAGUCAGAACUCCGUAGCGAGUUGCAAGCCUAUGCGCGGGUCCUCAAGCCCUUGGACUGGGUAGUGCAACUUUAUAUUCCACUUAGGCUCGCGACACCUUUGGAGAAGAUCGUGCCAGACCUGGGGGUGAAGGUCUGUGUAGAUCAUUUCGGCUGGCCAACUAUGCCAGAUCCAUCUGAUCCUUCGCAAGCUACUUCGCCUUUCCAAAUGACCGGAUUCGAGUCACUUGUUUCGCUCUUGCAAAAGCAGACAUGGGUUAAGCUGUCGGCGCCGUACAGACUGUCGAAAGAUCCUGACAUGCGAGAUAUGGAUCCGAUUGGACAGGUUUUGAUCAAAGAGGCCAGGGAUCGAACUGUGUACGCCACGGAUUGGCCACAUACGAGGUUCGAUGGCAUUGACUCCGUACCAUUCAUUGAGAGGUGUUUUGAGUGGUGUGAGAAUGACCCUGAACUCAUAGAGAGACUCUUCAGAGACAAUGCUGAGGAACUGUGGGAUGCUUCACCUGUCAGGUGA